AUGGGACGUGAGGAGCAUGGAGGGACUUGGCAUGGACGCAGCUCAACUGGAUACGCAAAGGAAGAAGGAGAAGCCAUCUUGAAGACCAGCUCGACCCCUACUCGACCAACCGGUCGAGUUCCUCAACUCGACCGGCCAAGCUUCAACUCGAUCGAGCUGAGAAGUCAAAGUGUAUGCGAACUCGAUCGAGUCGGUCUACAGAGACUUGGUCGAGCUAGACUUACAACGGGUAGAAAGAGGGUUCAGAGGUCACAGAGGGUACAAGAGGAACCUGAGGUGCUUGUUGCUGAUACAAUGGAUGUACCAGAGGGGAAUGGAAACCCUUUGGGCAAUGGACUCGGUCGAGCUAGGCAAACUCGACCGAUUGGUCAAGGAGAUGCUCCAAACCGCCACCAACAGAGACAAGGGAUUGUUCCACCACCAGUGCAGAACCACAACUUUGAGAUCAAGCUGGGAAUGAUCAACCUUGUCCAGAACAAGAUGUUCCAUGGAUUGCCAAGUGAAGACCCCAUUGACCACCUUGAUGAGUUUGAUAGGCUUUGUGAUUUGACAAAGAUCAAUGGUGUCUCUGAAGAUGCCAUCAAGCUGAGACUCUUUCCUAUGUCUCUAGCUGACAAAGCUCACCAAUGGGAGAAGAGCUUGCCCCAUGGCACAAUCACCACUUGGGAUGAAUGCAAGAAGGCCUUUCUUGCUAAGUUUUUCUCCACCGGUCGCACAGCCAAGCUUAGAGGAGAGAUAUCCAGCUUCAUCCAGCGAAACAAUGAGACAUUCGCAGAGGCUUGGGAGAGGUUCAAAGGCUACACAAGUCAGUGCCCACACCAUGGAUUCAACAAUGAAUCACUACUCUCCACUCUUUAUAGAGGAUGCUUGCCUAGGUAUAGGGAGAUGCUAGACACAGCUAGCAAUGGGAACUUCCUCAACCAGGAUGUAGAUGAUGGCUGGCAACUUGUGGAGAACAUAGCUAACUCAAAUGGAAGCUAUGGAGAAGAGUAUGAUCGCACCAAUCGGAGCUCGACCCACCACUCGAUCGAGUCAGACGAAAAGUUGAGAAAAGAUGUUAAGGCAUUGAAUGAGAAGUUGGAUAAGCUGAUCCUAGCUCAGUCCACAAUGAAGAAAGUCAACUUUGUGUCUGCUGAGGAGAUGGAACCAGUCCAAGAAGGGGAGGAUACACAAUUUGCUGAGGUGUGCUACAUGAGCAAUGGGCAAGGAGGUUACAACAAAGGAUACUAUAAUUACAAGUCCAACCCUGCCAUGUCAUACCGCAACACUGAUGUUGCUAACCCUCAGGACCAAGUCUAUCCUCAACAACAAGCAGCUCGAUCGAGUCAAGCCACAACAUGGAUCGAGAAUCUCAACACAAGGGUUUACUCUCUGGAGAAUCAUGCUUCUUCUGUUGCUGCUGCUACAAAGCAAGGACAACUACCUGGUAAAGCUAUUCAGAACCCCAAGGAACAGUGCAAGGUCAUCUUCACUCAAGAAGGACUUGUUGAAGAAGAGGAUCAAGAAAGGGUCAUUGAAGAUUUUUGUUUACUGCUGAAUGAUGAAGAGAUUGUUGCUGCUGAGGCUCCUGGAGUCCAGAUUGAUCAACCAGAAGUGCAGCACCUACUGUGGCCAUUCACACUUCACCAGUUGAGCUCGCACGACAAGCUCGAUCGGCAGCUCGAUCGAGUCCAACUCUAG